AUGGUGUAUGUUGAUGACAUUUUGGUAGCUACAAGUGAUAAAAGAGAGAUUGAGAACUUUAAGAAGUUCUUAGCUCAACACUUCAAGUUUGAGGACUUAGGCAUUCCAAAGUAUUUUCUUGGUUUGGAGAUUGCUAGAAACAAAGAUGGGAUCCUUAUAUCUCAAAGAAAAUAUGCAAUGAAUCUGUUGAGAGACACAUGUUUAAUGGGAUGUAAACCCUCAUUAGUUCCCAUGGAUCCUGCUAAACAGCUGGGACAAGAGGUUGGAGUAGUAAUGGCAGAGUCCUCAAAGUAUAGGAGAUUGAUUGGUAGACUCCUGUAUUUAUGCAUCACUAGACCAGAUGUGUCCUUUGCAGUGCACAAGCUCAGCCAAUAUGUGUCCAAACCGUGUGAGGAACAUUGGAUAGCAGCUGAGAAGAUUCUCAAAUACAUCAAAGGGACUCCUAGACAUGGCCUCUUCUACUCUAAAGAUGUUGAACCUACCUUGAGCAUUUUCUCUGAUGCAGAUUGGGUAGCAUGCCCUAACACCGACAGAUCGUUGACUGGGUAUUGCCUAUUUCUGGGGACUUCUUUGAUAUCUUGGAGAGCCAAGAAACAACACACCAUCUCAAGAUCAUCAGCAGAGGCAGAGUAUAAGGCCAUGGCUCAAGCCAGUUGUGAGGUGGUAUGGGCAACAACGUUGCUUGGAGAUUUUGGAAUAGUGAGAAAGAGAGAUAUUCCUUUGUACUGCCGAUGUGUAAUUUUCGAGUUCAAAUAUUAA